AUGGUCUCCUCCCUCGGCACACUCCUCGUCUCCACCGGCCUCUUCUCCACGGGCGUCCUCUCCCAGGAUAACCUAGCCCUCAGCAGCGGCUAUAAAACCCUCACAACCAAGAACUUCAACUUCCAACCGGUCAAAAACGCCCAGGUCCAGGCCUCUCUCAAAUCCGCCGGCGACACCUUCGACUUUCUCCCCCCUGGACUACCUCUCCCUCCACUCCGACCAAGGCGGGACGCAGACUUGGGCAUGGCGACGUUUGGGGUCGUCGUUACCGGCAGUGUCUCUGUGACGAUGGGGACGUUGAGCGUUUCGAUUGCGUCACGACAAAGGAUGUGGUUAGUCGGUGCCUCUUUCGGGGAGCAGUGUGACGCUUCAGAUUGGGCCGGCGUAGUUAUCGUCGUGUCUAAAUGA